GAUUCCAAUAUCAAUGAAGACCUCGUCAUGUAGCAGCCCAAAAUCAUGAUAAAGAGGGCAUGCAUGGAUAUAAUCUGUUGUCUUUUCUUUUGAUUAUCCUCCUAACUUUAAACUAAAGUGAUUAAUUUGAGUAACAUGCAAUUUUUUCACACACUGCAAACCCUUUUCUUCUCAUGCAUUCACGUUACCAAAGGCAAUGAAAUUUGGAAUGCCUUCUUGAUUUACAACUAACACUUUAUUUCAUCUCUAAAGCAGUAGGACUUCUGUCUUUUUUUAUUUUGGUACAAAUACGUAGAUUAUACCUUCUUAAUUAGAAGCUAUGCUUGUUUUAAUCAAUAAAUUAGAGCACAACUACUUGACCUGUUCCAGCGUCUUCCAAGUUGGGAGUAAUUUGUCAUCCGCUUAAUAAACUGAGUGUCUCUAUGCUGCUUCUUCUUCUUUUCUUUUGUUUUUUUUCCACUGAAAGUAACUCAUUGUAAAGUACAAACCAACAGUUUAAAAAAUUGGAAAACAAAACGGCUGGCGGGAGAUAAACCCAAAGCAAGUGAACAUAUAAUACCAGUUCAUAUCCACCCACCUUUUCUUUGUUCACCCACCUUUUCUUUGUUUUAUUUAAUGUAAUUAAUUUUAUAAUCUCCCUGUCUUUUCUCUGUCUAUCUAUGUGUGCGUGCUUCAAUGGAUAAGUUCAAAACCUCUUGUUUUCUGCGUUACAUGGCUCUCGUUCUUCCUUCUCUUUCCUGUUUUUUGGUCUUUCAUGGCUUUUCGUUUGUCUCUGCAACUGCCCCACUUCUUCAACCCCUUAAAAUCUAUAAGAUCAGAGAACAGACAAAGAACUACAGUCAAAACAUCUCGACAUUCAAGUUACAAUACAAAGGAAAACAGAAGUUACAGCCUUUCAAAGAAAAAUGUCUUCCUUGGGUUAAUUUUUAGAUGUUAUACCUCAACAAGGUGGUCUUCAUAUAAGACUUUAUCAUCUAUAGCUGCUUGUGCUUCUUCAACUCACAACAAUACUGAGAGUGGUACUCCAGUGGCCAACACCAAUGUUCACGAAAUCAAAUUUAACCGGGUCAACUGUCUUGUACGGGUGUUGCAUGAAUCUGCUAAGAGCUUCUCCCUUGCAGUUGAGUCACUUGAAUUGAUAGGAAAUGGUCCAGAGCUUGCAAUGGCAUGGAUUGGGAAAGAUGUGCACAGAUGGCAUAAAAGAAUUGCUUACUUGGUGGCAGUUUAUGCCUUGUUGAAAACAGCAAUUGAAGUAGAAGUUUUGCUUUCUCAUGAACGUCACUGCAACAACUCUUAUGCAGUUAGAGAGAUCUUGACCCCAAAGAUUAACUUGAUCGGGGAUCAUAUUGAAAGUCAACUGAAUAUGAGGCACUCUAAAAUGGUCGAAUGGUUUAGAGUGGUUGAACUGCCGCGCGUUGCAGGAUUUUUCGUUCCCUUGUUAAAUAAGUGGUCUAUGGAAUAUGCAGGAAGUGGUGUUGCAGGGAUGGUUGUUGCUAUAAGCUGCUGUGCUGCGGUAGGAAAGUUGAGUUCUGGGCAUAUUACCUGUCCUUUUCUCACACUUUCAGUGAAGGAUGUAAUGAUAGAGCUCAUGGAUCUUGCACAUAGUCUUGAAUUGGUGGAAAAAUUGCACCAGUUAGCUACUGAGGCGGGAUUUGAAUUGGAUUUCCUGUCACAUUUUGGUAAGCAGGUUAUUUCCAGCAAAAGAAGUGAAGAGCUAGAAUUUUGGAUUGGGUUGGCUCAGAAAAAACUAUCAAUAGCAUUUUGCAAUUAUAGUGUGCAUUGGGAUGGGCAGAAUUUUCAUGACAAGAUUCAAGCAAAUACUUUGGCCACUUUUGGACUUUUUGCAUAUCUUGGAAGAAGUACUAGAUUAUUCUUGUCAAGAGUGGGCAUAAAGGAUGUUGAUGAACCAAUUAAGGACUUUUUAAGCUACUUGGAAUGCGGUAUCCUUUUCAUAUACCCAGAAUUUUCUUCCAUGUCAGUGUAUCAAUCCUUCAUGGAGGUUGUGACUGAUGAAAUAGGAUGGCUUAAUUUUUAUGUCACGUGUCCUUCUGUAAGUUGUCGGGGGAGAAGAAGAUCCAAGCAGCAUGCUGUUCAAGCAGAGAAAGAAAUUGUUUUAUCUAUAGUUUUUACCAUAUGCUAUGAUGUUUUCUCUGGAUUUGCUCACUUCAAUCGUUCAACUCAACAGCUCUUAGAUGCUGAUUUGCUAGCAUUCUUGCUCCAGAGUCAAAGCCUACUAACAACUUGCUUGGAAGACUACUGGGCUGUUUAUGAUAAAUCAAGCAGUGAAUUGUUAAAGAUUACUGAAACUGGUGAUGCCUCUGACCCAAAUCUACCUUCUAUCAAAUCUAAAGGUGCGAGUGUGACCAAGUUGUCUUUAAACAUAGAAUCACAACAAAGUAACUUACUUAUACAGGGGUGUCUGAAUAAUCAGUCUGAGUAUGGUUUUAAACUGAGAAAGCAGGCUAUCUGCUCACCUGGGAAGGAAGCAGAAAAGCCUAUAGGGAGCUCUGCUGAGAAAUCAGAUGUUCUACGUCAGAGUCUGCUUAAGAAGUACAGCAUCAAGUUGGCAUCUGCAAGCUCUGAUAUAUGGAUGGGUACUGAAUUGCUAUACAUAGACAUUACGACUGCUCUGAAGCUGCUCCUGAAACAAUUUCGGGGCCACAAGGUUACAAUGAGGGAAAGAAAUAAGUUGAAAAGAACACUGAAUGACUUUGCUUCACUCAUCCCGAUCUCAAUUCUAAUGCUAAUCCCUGUAUCUGCUGUUGGUCAUGCUGCCAUGCUAGCAGCAAUUAACAAAUACAUGCCACAAAUGAUCCCUUCUCCUUAUUCGUCGGAGCGGCUGGAUGUUGUAAAACAGCUAAAAAGAACUAAGAAGAUGGAAAUUAGCCCACGAAGAAACGUUGACGACCCAUAUUCUAAGACAGCAUAAGAAAUAUGUUCUAUGCAGAAUUCUGGUCAUGCACCAAGGAACUGUUGCAAGCUGGUUUCUUCUCUGCUCUCGAAUUCCACAAGAAUCUGAUGCUUUUCUUUGUGUAUGUACAUCGUUCAGCAUAAUAUCCUUGGGUGAUUUGACAUGUCCAUUUUCCUGUUGAUACGCCGUUGAAUCCUAAAUUCAUUAAACCAUAUUCAUCUGAAAGGACGAGGCAUUGUAUGCUCUAUAUGUUUUGUGAUAUGAUAAAUGCAUUUUUCUGUUGGCCAUGUGGUCGUGA